AUGAACGAGAAAAAACGCAAGCGCGAAGAAGUCGGCGGCAGCAGCGCUCCGGGAGAAGAUCAACAGAAACCGAAACGAGUGAAGAACAAGGAAAAAUACUUACCCAAGGGCAAUAAAGGGCGCAAGCGUGCUGCGGCGCAGUUGAUGAAUGGCGCGAAUGCGAUUCCGGUGCAGGAACGGAUUCGCGAGAGUCCUGAAGGUGCUGAGGGUGCUACUGCCCCAGCAGCUCCUGCGGAAGGAAGCAAGCCUGCUGGCGAGGACUUUUACGUGAUUGACACGACGCCCAUGAACGCCGCUGAAGUCGCCGAAAAGAAGAAAUCAAAGGGCCAGAGCAAGCGUGAACGUCAAGUCGCAAAGGAAGCGGAGCAUCAAAAUACCGAAUCGCUAGCAGACAAAGAAGCGCGAAAGGAGAAGAAGAAAGAAGCACACGAACUAAGGAAUAGAAAUGACAAGAAAAAGGCCGAGAGGAUAGAGGAGAAGAAAGAGAAGAAGCAAAAGAAGAAGGAGAAAGAAGACGAGACUUCGUCGUCGGAGUCUGAUUCAGACUCGGAUUCGGAUUCAGAUUCCAGUAGCAGUUCGGGGUCAGAGAGUGAGAUUGAGGUUAAGAAGCCUGCCCCCAAAGCUGCCGAGAAGAAAUCCGAGAAGAAAGAGAAACCCGCUGCUAAGGAAGCGAAGCAAGAGGAACAAGCUACCAACAAAAAUCGCUUCAUCGUUUUCGUCGGAAACCUCCCCUACACCGCAACAGCAGAAAGCGUGACAGCCCACUUCUCCAAAAUCGCACCCAAAUCUGUGCGCGUCGCAACCGAUAAGAAGGAGGGCAAUAAAUGCCGCGGUUUCGGCUUCGUCGAAUUCGAGGCCUUUGAUCGCAUGCAGACCUGUCUUAAGCUGUAUCAUCACUCAUCGUUUGAUGAUGGGAAGAGUCCUGCUCGGAAGAUAAACGUUGAGCUUACUGCCGGCGGAGGCGGAAAAUCAGCAACGCGUCGCACAAAAUUGAAAGAAAAGAAUGCAAAGUUGGCCGAAGAGCGAGCCAAGAACGCGCAGGAAGAGAAGAAGAAGAAGGGUGGGAAGGACUCGAAAGAAGAAGGGGGAGGGGAGUACUCGGGUAUUCAUCCCAGUCGGUUGAAUCAGAUGCGAUAA